AAAAUCACCGUUUUCCAGCAUUUUUUUUGGAGAACAAAACAAUAGGGAAAAUGUCCAUUUUCCCUAAAAUAUCUUUGAGACUUGAGGUUGAAAAGUAUCUUAAAGAGGGUUUUAUGAAUAAGGAGGUUGUAUCUGCUUUUGGGAAACAAGAAGCAGAAAGGAAAUUUGAAACUCUGUUAAAUCACUUGUCACAUCCUCCAUCAUUCACAACUGUCAGAGUAAAUACACAUCUAGCCUCAGUGCAACAUGUGAAAGAUCUGUUGUUUGAUGAACUUCAGAAGCAGUUUAAUGGAUUAAGUGUUCCUAUUCUUCAACAUCCAGACCUUCAGGAUGUCUUACUUAUUCCUGUUAUUGGACCUAGGAAGAAUAUAAAAAAACAACAUUGUGAAGCAGUUGUUGGAGCACAAUGUGGCAAUGCGGUGUUAAGAGGAGCCCAUGUCUAUGUUCCAGGAAUUGUGUCAGCUUCAAAACUUAUGAAAGCUGGAGAUGUUAUUUCUGUAUACUCUGAUAUAAAAGGCAAAUGUAAGAAAGGAGCCAAAGAAUUUGAUGGAACAAAAGUAUUCCUUGGAAAUGGAAUUUCUGAACUAAGCCGCAAAGAAAUCUUCAGUGGGCUACCUGAACUGAAAGGUAUAGGCAUAAGAAUGACAGAACCAAUAUAUCUCAGCCCCUCAUUUGACAAUGUACUGCCCAGCUACUUAUUUUUACAGAAUUUGCCAUCUGCUGUAGUAACUCAUGUUCUGGAUCCUCAACCCGGAGAGAAGAUUCUAGAUUUGUGUGCAGCACCUGGAGGCAAAACAACACACAUUGCAGCAUUAAUGCAUGAUCAGGGAGAAGUAAUAGCACUGGAUAAAAUAUCCAACAAAGUAGAAAAAAUUAAACAGAACGCUUUAUUGUUAGGACUGAAUUCCAUCAAGGCAUUUUGCUUUGAUGGAACAAAGGCUCUUAAACUCAAUACAGUUAAGGAUGCUGAAGGAAAACCUCCAUUCUUACCAGAAUCUUUUGACCGAAUUCUUCUUGAUGCACCAUGCAGUGGAAUGGGACAGAGACCAAACAUGGUUUGUUCUUGGACUUUGAAAGAAGUGACAUCAUAUCAGCCGUUACAGAGAAAACUCUUCACUGUGGCAGUUGAGCUGCUGAAGCCGGGGGGCAUGCUGGUUUAUAGCACAUGCACCAUCACACUGGCAGAAAACGAAGAACAGGUUGCCUGGGCCCUCAGAACAUUUCCUUACCUUCAGCUUCAGCCCCAGGAACCACAGAUUGGAGGAGAAGGAAUGAUGGGAGCUGGCCUCUCACUGGAACAAUUGAAACAGCUGCAGCGAUUUGAUCCAUCUGUCGUGCCAUUACGGGACACUGACAUUGAUUCCCUCAGAGAUGCCAGAAUAGAAGACAUGAUUUGGCUGGCAAAUAAGGAUUGUAUAGGGUUUUUUAUUGCAAAAUUCAUAAAAUGCAAAAGCACAUAGAAGGAUCCUUAGAAAUGAAAAUUGCGAACGUUUGCUGUAUGGUUUUCUUUUUUUUUUUUUUUUUUUUUACCCAGCUGUUGUUGGGUCUGGUGAUGGAUGGCAUAGUUGCUAAGGAAGCAGAAAAGACUGUCAGCAGUUGGACCAGGGACCAAGAGAUUUGACCAAGAGACUCUACUUCAUGGAGGAAGUAGUUGGGGGUGGUAUGAGAUUAUAUUCUGUUUUUUAAAUAAUUUUUUUCUUAAGGAUUUAGCACAGUAAAAGGAAAAGGAGGUGCCUGUGGAUAUCUGGAACAUAUUUUCAUUUGGGGUUUUGUGUUUUAAUGUGUAAAUAAUGUAAG